UACGCUGCACAGAUCAGAGCAGUAUAUAGCGUACGUGACUUCUGAUCUCGUGACGUAGUCUAACACGUCGACAUAUAAGUGAUGUUUUUUACCUGCUUCGUCCAACUUGGCCAUGACGUAGAAUGUGUUUAGCACAAGCGGGGCUCAAUUCCCGAUGUGUUUUAUGAUUUUAAUAAAUGGGAAAGCUUUUCCUGCUUUAGAAAUGAUGGAAUUUUGAAUUCUAGUAGACGUCUUUUGUUAGUUUCUGAAUCCAUCAGCUUUCAGGCUUUCCGGCAAUAUUUUUCCGCAAUGAGAUCAAAGCCAACGUCAUCCUUUUAAAAGUGUUCCAUCACGUUAACUAUUUACGCCCACAACACGAUCCCAUUUCAAUUUUUGUUACGGAUAUAUUGGGUCACCUAGCGACUUCGAUUGGUUGCCUGUGUGAUGCUCGCACAGCGUUCACUCUCAAUCUAUUCAAGUGUUGUAUGUUUCACUAUACUGAGUUUUCUCGUACAACUGUCCAGCAACCAUUUCUACCUACGUCAUUUGGUUGUUUCAAGUGUCGUCAAAGACCCUGAUAUAGAACGGACGUUCACUUUCCAUAAAUGGAUUUCUGCCAGGCCUUUUUUUAAACAUUUUCCCGAUUCAUUUCUCUGCCGAUAGACCAUACUGUAAUUCUAUUUUUAUCCCACAUAUUGUUAAUUCAAUUUCUAUUUCGCAGAGUAGACAAGAAAAUAAUAUCAAAAAGUGUCAACUGCCACCGUAAGUGAAAUGUAUAGACUUUACUAGGUCAGGGCAUGUCCUGAUCGACGUUCCAUUUUUGAUGAAUGGUUAUGUAUGUAUACAUCCGGGUCAUCUUCCGAUCGGUCGUAAGAGUGUCGGUCUCUAUACGUGACUAGGUCAACCGGUUAACGAAGUGAAUCCCAUUCAACGAUUGCGAGCAAGUUGCCUAAGUUCUGUGUGUUAACUAAACAUUCCGGUUGGUUUACUUUUCUUUUUCCUUUUUUUGUGGUGAACUAAACAAAUACCCAUGCGUCCAAAUCUAACCAGAGGAUUUCCGAAACGAUAAGAUGCGCGCGCAAAGAGGAAAAACCUUCUGUGUGUCUUUUUUAGUUCUCAAAAUUCCCACAGACAUCACGCCCGUCUGUAACUAUAGUUCGUUUAUUAACGGACUCAGCCGCUUUCAAUCUUCAGAUUUCAGUACAUCUCUUCACGCUGUCCGUCUCAUUCAUUGUGUUCCCUAAUUUGCAUCAGCGUUCAAAGUGAGGAGCAUCCUGUUCCAUUAUUUCUUGGUUGAUUUAUUUUGGAAUUAGAAUAUGAUGAUCAACAAACAAAGACAUUAUCAAGACUUACUUGACGACCGUAAAAGUGUUAAGCACUUGCUCAUCGGGUCGUUAACUUGUUUGCUAUCUUGUGAAUCUUGCGAAGCCCAACGUGAGUUAACCAGCAACUUGAACGACGAAAUCAAGAGCUUCUUUUUGCAAUAUUUUGAACGAUCUAAUAUGCGACUUCUAAACUUGAAACCCGAAUGCUUGCGAUUGAGUACGAAAUUGUCGGUGCCAAUUAAACCGCAACCGGAAGAAGCGCAAAAAUGGUCUGAAUCCUUCUCCGCCCUCAUAGCAUCUAAAUAUGGAUCCACCCUUUAUCACGCUUUUCUCCAACGAGAAUUUAGCAACGAGAACUUGGAAUUUUGGCUAGCGGUCGAUGAGUACAAGCAUUUGAAACCACAGAAUAUGGAAGCUAAAGCGCAAAACAUCUACAAUGAAUUCGUGGCUGAUAAUGCCCCUAAACAAGUCAACUUGGAUGCCGAGACGAGACUUACCAUAUUGAAGAACGUCCAAUCGAAGAUUAAUGACCAGCACACGUUUGAUCGCGCUCAAAGGAGAGCUCAACACAUGAUGGAACGCGAUUCUUAUCAGCGUUUUCUCCAGUCGAGACUAUUCCUAGAACUCGCAUAUCCAGAAAGAUAUUAGCAUAACGAUGCUGUCCGCUUCCGUUCCUCUGUUGAUCUCUAUUCUUUUUUAUCGUUCAUUUUAUACUCGCUCUAUUUGCUUUUUUCUGAAAACCAUAAAUUUUUAUCUGGUUUCUCAAUUUCUUGAGCGAAAAGAGCCACCAACAAACUUUAAAUGUAUUUAAUUUUCCAAGAAACAAUACUCGUCCUCUUCGUUUUAGUUUGAUGUAGAUACUACCUACUUUGACUUUGCAUUUCAAGAAGAUUUAGAGGGAAAACAACCGAGGAAAAGAUUCCAAAAAAUAAUUCAAAUGUAUUAAAUUGAAUAAUACAAAAAGGCAAAAAAAAAAAGA